GCGCGCGGGGCGGAGCGGAGCGGAUCUCGGCUGCUCCUCGGCGGCAGCGCCGCGCUCGGCGGCGGUCGGUACGGCCCCGCGGCCAUGGAGGAGUUCCGGCGGGCCUACGAGCGGCUGUGCGCGGCGCCGCAGGACGCCGUGCUGCGGAGGCUGAGGGAGCGCGGGGAGGCGCCGGGUCGGGCCCGCCUGGACCUGGCGGAGCAGAGCCUCUCGUUGGAGACGUGCGGGGCGCUGGGCCGCCUGCUGCCCGGGGCCGCGCACCUCGCUGAGGUGGCGCUCGGAGAUUGCGGCCUGAGCGAGGACGGUGUGAAACUCUUGCUGCACGGUCUGUGUUCCAAUACCACCGUCAAAUCUUUGGAUUUGAAGGGCAAUAACCUGCGAACCACAGGAGCUGAGGCGCUGGGAAAACUUCUUAGGCAGAACAAAUCAAUCAGGAGCCUAAUCCUGGAAUGGAACAGCCUGGGUGUAUGGGAGGAAGGUUUUUCCUUUUUCUGCCAGGGACUGGGAGCAAACAACUUUCUCCAGCGGUUAGAUCUGCGCAACAACCAGAUCAACCAUCAUGGGGCAGGAGAGCUGGCCACAGCACUGAAACGAAACGCCAGCCUUCAGGAGUUGGAUUUACGUUGGAAUAACAUUGGGCUUCUGGGAGGCCGAGCUUUGCUGAACUGCCUGCAGAGCAACAAGACCCUGAAGAAGCUGGAACUGGCUGGGAACAAUGUUCCCAGUGACAUCUUAAAAGCUGUGGAACAAGCCAUGGAUCACAACCAGGACCGUCAAACUAUCCUCAGUGAGACACAACACCGAACUUGUGUGCUCAGCAAGGAGAUACUGAAUCUGAAGGAUGAGAAGACCAAGCAGUUCUUGGAUUUGAUGGACACAAUAGACAAACAGAGAGAAGAAAUAGCCAGGAGUGGCAGGAUAUCUGCGGGACGUGUCAGCCAGCUGCAGGAAGCAUUGAAUGAGCAGCACUCUAUUAUGAAUUCACUGAAAGCCAAGCUGCAGAUGACUGAAGCUGCCCUGGCUCUGUCUGAGCAAAAGGUGCACAACCUGGGAGAGCUGCUGAGUGCCACCAAACAGGAACAGGCCAACAUGGCUGAGCGCCACUUUGCAGAGCUCCAGCAGCAAAAGCAGGAAGGUGCUGAUCGGGAAGGCAAGCUUUUCCGUGACUUAUCUGCCAGCAAUGAGAAGAACUUGUUUCUAAGAAACCAGGUGGAUGAGUUGGAGAAGAAGUGUAAAGUGCAGCAGGAUCAGUUAUUCCAGCUAAAACAAGACUUGACCAACACAACAGCAGAGCUGAAGCUGCGGGCUGUGCAGGCUGAGGAGCGCCUGGAAAUGGAAAAAAGAAGAUUUAAACAAAGUCUUGAAGACAUGGAAUCACUUCGCUUAAAAGAGGUGGAUCACUUGACACAGCACAUGGAGGCCAGUGAACGUUCUCUGCAAGACAGAGUGCAGAGGCUGGAGGCCAUCAGGAUAGCCCUGGAGGAGGAGCUGAGCCAAGUCAAAGCAGCUGCACUCACUGAGCGAGGCCAUGCAGAAGAAGAGUUAAUAAAGGUUCGGAAUCAGGCACGGUUGGAUGAGCAGCAACGACUGGAACACCUUGAAGAGAAGCUGCGGCUGAUGACUGAAGCACGUGAUGAAGCUCAGAACUGCUGCCUCAAACAAAAACAGAUGGUUGGUGAGGCCCAAGUCAAGGCCAAUCAAUUGAGCCUGCAUGCUGAUGGACUCAGAAGGAGAAUAGAGGAACUUCAGCAGGAUCUGAACAGUAAGGAACAAGAAAAAGUGACAGAAGUAAAUAAAGUGAAAGUGGAAUUACAGGAGCAGAUUGGACACCUACAGGCUGAACGUACAGCACAGGAAGGGCUGAGAGAGAAGAUUGCAGCCCUGGAGAGACAGCUGAAAGUCCUGUCAAGUAAUCACCGAGAGGCACUGCUGGACAAAGAAGGUGAAAUCUCUAUGUUGAUGGAGAAGCUGAGAAUGAAAGAGGCUGACAUCUCCAGGAUGAGAGAAGAAGAAGCCCAGCGAGCAAGUAUAUUGCAGAAUGCCAUCAUGGCAUAUGUGCAGGGAUCCUCCUUGGGAACCCACAGUUUGAGGAAAUGAGAGUGUGUCUUAAAGAACCCAGGUACCAGGAAGAGGA